AUGGAGGGAUCAAGUAGCCAGAACAUUCUCCAAAAUACAACACCUACACCAGAAGCGGAAUUGAAUCCGCAAAGAGUAAAAGUUUUGUUGAAUAAGUUGCAUCAGGAGUUCAAUGCCAGUAAGACGGAAACCGACCCAGUUAAAGCGAGAGAACAUUUAGCCAAAGUGGAUAAGAUCAAACGUGUAUUGAAGAUAUAUCACGACCAGCAAAAACAACGUCAGGGUGUUGAUCUGGGUAGUGUGUCCUCAAGUGUUUCACAAAGUCAACAAAUCAGUCAUCAGUCUACAACACCUUCAAUCAAUACUCAGUCAACUUCAAAUGUUGCACCAGUUGUGGCCACGCCUUCAGUACCAUCUCCAUUACCCGCCCUGCUUUCUUCUUCACAGAAUCAACCACAUAUUGCGUCUCAAGACACGGUAAGGAGCCAGUCUCCGCAAGUCCAAUCGCCAGCACCACAAAGACCCAACUCAAAUACACCAGAUGCUCAAAAGAUAACCAUUGAAAAAUAUAACCAAGUCAAAAGUGCUUUAAAAGACUUGGCAGAAAAAGUACAAUCAUUGACUGUGGCAAAAGAAAAGGAGACUGAUCCUGUAAGGAUACAGGCCAUUGAAAAAUCAUUAUCAGAGAGUCGUAUUCAGUUACAGCAGUACCACAAGGGAGCAUUAUAUAUGAGGAAGGUGUUGAUGGAUUCUGGAAGGCUAACUGCGAAUGCCACGCCAGUCCCAAGUCCACGUCCACCAGUGGCAAUAGCUACGGAUGGGUCUGGUGCCUCUAGUCAAUCACAAACGUCAACUAAUGAAAGAACUGCAUCACCUGUACCUUCAAAGUUCAUUAAUUCGGGUCAACAGCCUUCCCAGAAUAAACCGGCUCUCCCUCAACCUACUCCCAAUGCAACUGCUAGCGCAGUGAAUAAGAAAUUGCUGUCACCAAUACCAAACGAGACAAAACCAUCGCCGUCACCCACAUCUGCAAAACCAUCAACCACAACAAAGGCAUCUAGUACAGUCAAGGCACCAACCUCCACCCCACAAGGAUCUUCCUCUAAUACAACCGCAAAAAGACCACAGGUUUCCACAAACACCACUACCACUUCCUCCUCAAAUCUCGUGAAUUCACUAAGGGCAUUUGGUAAUCUGCCAACCGUCCCCACAAAUAUCCCGGAUAAUGACGGUCGGGUCCUUACCAAGCGAAAAUUGAACGAGCUUAUAACCAACCUCUCUGUUGAUCAAGGUGACACGAAACCGACCGUUGAUAAUGAUGUUGAAGAAUUGUUUUUGGAUUUAGCGGAUGAAUUUGUUCGCAGUGUCAUGGGAUUCUCAUGUAAUUUGGCAAAACAUAGGAAAUUAGAUAAAGUUGACAUUAGAGAUGUACAAUUGAAUUUGGAAAGAAAUUGGGGAGUCAAAGUUCCAGGAUAUAUGCCAGAUGAGAUUAAACCAGCAAGAAGAUGGCCAAAGAAAUCAGAUCAAAAAAAAUGA